CUCUGGCCAUUUGUGGUACUGCACCCUGGCCGUGCCAAAGGGACAGUUGGCGCCUCUUGCCUCCGCCCACAUCUCUUGCCCCGCCCACAACCCGCUGGCGAUUCUUCAUCCCCGCCCCGACGAACACGACCAGCGUCUACCGCCUCCAUGUUCCAGCAGUCUGAAGACUUUGGACUAUUUCGUCUGAUCUCUCGCCGCCUUUUUUUUUUUGUCCGACCGACCCGCAGUGAUGGCUGAGCAUCUGUCCCAGAGCGAGCUGGACUACCCUUUUAAACUACUCGAGUACUUGAACGGCUAUCGCGUGUCAAAGGUGAUCUUUGCCGCCUGCGAGCUGGGUGUCUUCGAGCUCCUGAUGAGGUCCCCGGGGGCCAUGAGCGCUCUCCAGGUGGCCGAGGCCCUGGACGCCAGCGCCGAUGGCAUGGAGAGGCUGCUGGACGCCUUGGCGGGCAUGGAGAUCCUGCAGGUGGAGACGGCGGACGGGACAGCACUUUACAACAGCACCGACGUGGCCAACACCUACUUGGCCAGGGGGGGCGCCAAGUCGCUCCAUGACAUGGUCGCCUACCAUUCGCAGACCAUCUACCCGCUGUGGAACAACAUGGCCGACGCCGUCAGGGAGGGCAAGAACCAGAACCAGAAGACCUUCGGCAUCCCGCCUGGAGAGGUGUUUGAGGCCAUCUACAGGUCGGAGGAGGAGAUGGUGAAGUUCAUGGGUCUGAUGAACUCCUCCUGGAAUUUGGACGGACAGGACGUUGUGACGGCGUUCAACCUCUCCUGCUUCCAGAAGAUAGUCGAUGUCGGAGGUAAGCGCGGCCACCAGAGGGCAGCAUCGAUGCAUGUGCAGCACUUUGGGAGUUUGUCUUCUUUUCUCCCAGGGUGCACCGGUGCGCUGGCGCGAGAGUUAGCGAGGGCGUAUCCCUCCUCCUCCGUCACGGUCUUUGAACUCCCGCGGGUGGUGGAGAUGGCCCGGAAACAUUUCCCUCAAGAGAACGACACCUUCGCCUUCCACAGUGGAGAUUUCUUCCACGGGGACGUUCCUUCCGCCGACUUGUACGUCCUGGCCCGAAUCCUUCACGACUGGUCCGAGGAGAAAUGUCUGACGCUGCUCAAGAAGCUCUAUCGCGCCUGCAAUCCAGGCGGUGGAGUCCUGCUGGUGGAGGCCAUGCUGCUGGAGAACCAUCGCGGCCCCAUCGCGGCGCAGCUCUUCUCCCUCAACAUGCUGGUGCAGACGGACGGCCGGGAGCACCCCCCCUCUCAGUACACCAACAUUCUCAAGCAGAGCGGCUUUGCCCACGUGCAAGUGUGCCGCACGGGAAAGUCCUACGACGCCAUCUUGGCCUUCAAAUAAAAGCUAUCUAGGGACGCCUCCAAAAGUAUAUUCCAUUAAUAUUAUUUGCCAACAAUUAAUAUUAUUUAUAUUGUCUGGCAGCAUUAUUCCAGUGCACUUUUAUUGUGUUAAACAAUCUCUGAGCAUUCAUUUUUAAAUGUAAACCCACGACAAAAUAUGAAUAAUUAAUAUCAGUUGCUGUUUCGAAGUGUGUUGGUAUGAAGAACCUUACUCAUUCUGAUUGAUGAUCUGAUUUGUUUUUAAAGCUUAAUUACAUGAAGAAAACUUUAAUUACAGAUUAUUACAAAUAAUUUGCAUAAACGUUACAAGCAAAAAAGCUGAUUUUUGUAUAUGCAGUGUGUAAUUUUUUUCUACCUCUUGGCAUCCUGAUUAGUAUGGUACGUGGACAAAAGGUGGCUUUUAAUGUAGAUUGAUUGAUUGAAACUUUUAUUAGUAGAUUGGACAGUACAGUACAUAUUCCGUACAAUUGACCACUAAAUGGUAACACCCGAAGAAGUUUUUCAACUUGUUUAAGUCGGGGUCCACUUAAAUUGAUUCAUGAUACAGAUAUAUACUAUCAGAUAUAUACUAUCAUCAUAAUACAGUCAUCACACAAGAUAAUCACAUUGAAUUAUUUACAUUAUUUAUAAUCCAGGGUGUGGAGGGGGGCGCCGGAUGUAAGUGUCAAAAUGACAGCCAAAAGAGUUUGAUAUGAGAAUAAAUCUAAAGUUAAAAUAUAGGGUAGAAAUGCACCCAUUUGCAGGAAAUGUAGUCAUGAUUUUCAAAAUUUUCUUUCAAGGCUUGCAUGUCUACAUUAAAACAUUAUUUUUCAUACUGCAUUAAUAUAUGCUACUUUUAAACUUUCAUGCAGAGAAGGAAAUCACAACUAAAAAAAAUCACUAAUUUUUUCAUACGGUGUUGAUGUGGACAUUUUUGCCUCGGCAUUUUGAUGGUGUGGACGUGUGGCACCGAACGGAGAUAAGCGUCUCGACAGACGUCACAAUAUUUGAACAAUGAUGACGAAAACUGUUCUCUGUCGUGUCCGUGUGUCGAAAAUUGUUAUGCGCUUAUUUUUUUAUUUGAUUUUGUGCGUGGCAUAGAUUUGCUAUGCGCAGAGGACGCUUAAACAGUGCGCAAUUGCACAGGCGAGCACCUUAGAGGGAGCGUUGCUCGCACGGCUGCGCUAGCAUCACAGCUAACGUUAGCCAUGCUGCUACCUCUCUGCUCGGGGAGGACGUAUACGUAUGUGACGUAUGACGUGAUAGUAUGUGACGUAUGUCGUGUGACGUGUGUAAGAAGGUGCACUUGCUGUCUGUGAGAGGGAGACAAGGAUAUAUAAAAAAUAUAAUCAAAUAUAAUCAAUUCAUGGUACAAAUAUAUACUAUCAGCAUUAUACAGUCAUCACACAAGUCACCAGAGUAUAUACAUUGAAUUAUUUACAUUAUUUACAAUCCGGGGAGUGGGAUGUGGAGGAGGUUGGGGUGGGGGUGUUAGGUUGGGUUGCUAUCAGCAUACUUCAGUCAUCAACAAUUACCGUAUUUUUCGGACUAUAAGUCGCAGUUUUUUUUUCAUAGUUUGGCCGGGCUCCAGUGCGACUUAUAUAUGUUUUUUUCCUUCUUUAUUAUGCAUUUUCGGCAGGUGCGACUUAUACUCCGGUGCGGCUUAUACUCUGAAAAAUACAGUAUAUCAUCUGAGAAAUGGACAUUGUAACAGUGUAGGUCUCACUUCUUAGGAUAUGUACAGCGAGCAGAGAACAUAGUGAGUUCAGAAAGCAUAAGAACAAGUAUAUACAUU